GUCAAAAAGAAACCCCACGAAGUUCGCGCGGGGAUUUUUUGUCGUUUCCACGUUUCAGGCAAAGUAUACUUCGAUUGUUGCUCCUCUUCAAUUUUUGUCCACUCCACCUGUGCCAGUCGACGAAUCAUGAACUCCAAGGCUGUGCUGUUUGUGUCCAACAUCUCGUCCAUCGCCAAUGCGCAGUACCUCGAACGCCUCUUCUCCGCUUAUGGCGCUGUGGAGAACAUGGAACUGUUCGGCGAGGGCCCACACCGGUACGCAAAGGUCACCUACGGCACUGUCGACGACGCCGACACCGCCGUUGCAGCCCUGCACUGCCAUUACCAGACGUGCCGCAAUCUCCCCAUGAUUGUGUUGUACUCGAAGGACAGCCCGGCGGUCACGAUGUACGGGCACCAGGUGGGCGAGGAGUUUAUGAAGGCUGCAGAGGAGAAGCGCCCGCCUCGGCCGAUCCCGCUGGACGAGUUUGAUAGCAAUUUCGAGCGUUGCGGCGUGCAGCCUCCACCGUCGGAGAACGAAAUUAUCCGCUAA